UAGCUCACAUUGCUCCCAUUCCCUAUCGGCCGAGGUGUAUAUGUCAUCCGCCCCCUGUUUUCCUCUUGCUUAAAUCUGCGUCAAAACCGCUAGUAAGCCGUCCCGUCGCCUCUGCAAGACUCCCUGGAAUACACCAGCAUUACCAAAGCUGUCAAGGUCGGAUGUUAAGGACACCCGUCUGUCUGCAGACGACAGAAGAUAUUGAUUAAUUUUCAAGACCGAGUGACGCAGAGUUUCUACCCCACAAGAUGGGGAUCUGUUACAGCACGGAAGUAGUGCGCAGCACAGACGAUGAUGGCGCCCCACCCGAAGUCGGAGCCGGAACCACCCGCCGAAUCCUCAUCAAACGAUACAAGGAUCCGUUCGGCCGGGUGGUCAAGGAGGAGAUCAUCCACCUGGACGGAGACGCCGACGACGAUUUCCCGGACUUUCCCGAACUCAACAUCGGCCCGAAGCCGAAGCCACGACUGGAGCCGCGCCCACAACUUCGCCUACAGCCAGCCGAGCCUCAGCCUCAACCGAAACCACAGCCCAGGCGUCAACUGCAUAAAAUCCAGGGGCCUGCAUGGGAUGACAAGAAGCUACAUCCUCAAAGGGGAAGAACAGGGUCUACCAUCAGCAGAGACAGCGGGAUUGUAGACGAGGCGGAUGACGGGCUGCUGAAGUGGAAAGAGAAGGAGAAACUGGCGCCCAAACCUCCCGAGGCGCCGGAGCAGGAGGAGACACAACCCAGGGACGACCUGGCUGAUGAGGACGACUUGGGGGUCACGAACUACAAGCGGAUGAAGAGUCAGAUCCUCGCCAUGGGGCCGGGUGCGCUGUACUCCGACCCGGACUUUCCUGCCAGACCGGCCUCCCUCUUCUACAGCCAGCAGAACAUCGACCCUAGGAUCGUUUGGAAGAGACCACAGGAAAUUAUGGGGGUGACGCAACCACGCCUAUUGGUGGACGGAAUCAGCCGCGAUGACGUCAUCCAGGGCAUGCUGGGAGACUGCUGGUUCCUGGUGUCUCUUGCCGCCAUCUGCCGGGACUCCGCUCUCAUGGAAAAGGUUGUCCCACGUGACCAGUACAUGUGGCAGGAGGGCGAGGGUGAGGGUUCGUAUGUCGGCAUGUUCCACUUCAAGUUCUGGCGCUACGGGAAGUGGGUAGACACCAUCGUGGAUGACAUGCUGCCGACCAUGGCCGGCCAGCAGCCCAUGUACUGCCGCUCCAGCGAUCCCAACGAGUUCUGGAGCGCUCUGGUGGAAAAGGCGUAUGCCAAACUCCGUGGUUCAUACGAGGCGCUGAAUGGCGGACAGGCUAUAGACGCCCUGGAGGACCUGACUGGUGGGAUGGCAGAGAGCUACGACUUAAAGAAGGCGCCAGGAAACCUGUAUCAGAUCAUGAGGCGAGCCUUCAAGAAACGAGCCUUCUUCACCACCUCAAAAAAGACGACACAAGCACUGACCCAACACGGCGUCACAGCGCAAGGUCUUGUGGGUGGCCAUGCCUACAGUAUCACUUCUGUACACAUUGUCCACAGCAAUUUUGGCGACUUCCCCUUGGUGCGGAUCCGCAACCCCUGGGGCGACGGCACAGAGUGGACGGGAGAUUGGAGUGACUCGAGCCCUCUCUGGAACCGUGUCCCUCAACACGAACGGGACAGAAUAGGCUUCACGGACAAGGACGAUGGGGAGUUCUGGAUGGAUUUUAAGGACUUCUGCCAACACUUCACAGAGGUCACCAUCUGCACAAUAGGCCCAGACUUCGACGCUGAUGCUAUUGCUGAUGUGGACAAUCGGGAGUGGCAUCAGGCAAACAUCAAGGGAUUCUGGGAGAAGGGCACAUCGGCAGGCGGCUGUAGAAACAACAUCAAGGCUUACGCAACAAACCCACAGUUCGCACUCAGAAUACUGGAGCCAGAUGAGUGGGACCCAGAGAUCGACCCUCCAGAAGACAAGGGGAAGUGUAAGGUGGUGGUCGCCUUGAUGCAGGAGCACAGGAGAUCACAGAGACACCUGGGAGUCAGGAACCUACAGAUCGGGGUGCACGUCUAUAAGGCUGGUAAGGAUCCCCAUGAACGCCUACAACAGAAAUACUUCAUGUACCACCGCGACGUGGCGAGCUCCGGGUCGUACAUAAACCUGCGGGAGGUGUUCCUCCGCGCCAACCUGGAGCCCGGCGAGUACGUCAUCGUUCCCUCCACCUUCGGCGCCGAGGAACAGGGAUCCUUCCUCAUCAGGAUCUUCACAGAGAAGAACAUUGAGGUGAAACCACUCCGGAACCAGUUCAACAUGUACUCCUACAACUGUUACGUGCAGGACAAGUGGUAGUAUUGCACGCAGCUGUUUAUAUUCUGGCUACUGGUUGAUGUUCAUGUGUUGCAAAAUCUUACUAUUACUGAAACUAGACUUAAAAGUUCAUCAGUGUUGGUAGAAGUCAUUCUGAAUGAGAAUGAAAAGUUGAACUCUGUAAUUUCCAACACACAAAAAAUUGGACUUACCCUCCCUCAACAGAGACGGGGGAUGCCAUAGACUUUCUGCAACUUAUGAUCCACUGCUCACUGAGUCACAUGUUCUAUCUGCAUAACACGAUGUCCCAGAAGCAGUGAAUUGCUCAUUCCUUCCAAGACUGUGGUUGGAAAGUUGAAAAUUCGGUUCAAUUUUUUGUGUUUGAAACUACAGUUGAAUUUUGACUCAGAGUCACUGAAACUUCAAACUUUGAAUUAAAGUCCACUUCUUGUGGAACUUCUGGUGUUUGGUGCUGGCCUGUAAGGAAGUAAGCAUUGUAUACAAGUACAUGUAGCAGGGAGUUGUGUGAUGGGAGAAUAAAACUUUGAAUGUGUUUAGCUCCAGAAUUCAAAGAUGGGGUGUACUGCAGUGUUAUACAAAUGUAACUGAUGAAAUGGAGAAGGAUACAUAAAAACUAGUGCAUGCAUAAUACAUUGUAUUGUAUGUUAAUAUCAUGAAGUUCGGAAUACUUGAAGAGGAGUUCAAAUCAACCAAGUGAUAAAGUAUUAUUAUAAAAAUCAACUUGGCAAUAAAAUACAAGACUGCAGUGUCUGUCAAGUCAAAGAGAAAUUAAAGUGAUUGGUAAUAGUAUGGAAAAAUAUACAGCACUAGUAAUGGUACUACACUUGUGAAUGUUUUCAAGCAGAUCUAUGAUAAACGAAUUAUAGCAUGGUGGGAACUGUACAGUACAGUAUACUUUUUUCUCAUGGUUCUUACAAACUUAUAUCCAUGGCCCACAGAUUGCUGCAUUUGCCCAACAAUGCAUGUUAGGAGUAGCCUGGGUACCAUCCAAAGUCGCUUCUCGGUCUGACAUUUAUUAUACCUUAUAUACCUGAUACAGUUGCUUCUCUGCUGUUCCAUCAGGGAUCCUUGACCAUGUGAACAUCUGGAAUCCAAAUUUUGGACAAGGGCGCUGAUUGGUCCCUUCACAUGAGCGAAUUAGGAAUGGGUUCUAGCGCUCGUUCGAACCAAAACGCCCACCGUCCAGUUGGGGGAGGGUCUGUUGUCAUUGAACAAGCGCUGUAGAACCCAUUCCUUAAUUUGCGCAUUAACUGACAUUACCACCAAAAGGUUUGAAUGUGCAGGUCCCCAGGCGGGUAGCAGAAGCGAACAUGUACAUAGGAGCGAAUUACUACCCAGAUGGUACCCAGGCUAUGUUAAUUAGGAACUGUUUAUAACAACAAUAUACUUUGAGUCUUUACAAAUGUUAACCAGCCCUGGAGGAAAGAAACCAAUACAUUGGUUACUGGGGAUUUGCAGAUGACGUAUCAUAAGAAUGGAUUUGAAGGCAGAUGUAACUGAAUGUCUGAGGUGUGAACAGUAGUCAGGUGUUUUAUAGCCGAUCUGUUUAGAUGGUAGGGAGACUUUGGUGAAACAAUGUUUCUAAUGAGAGUGAAACUGAAAAGUCAAAGGAUUAUAGUAGAGUAAUACACACAUCUGGUGAGAAUGUUGUAUUUCCUUUUGACGGCAUGUACUUCUGACAUAGCAUCGUAACUGGAAAAGUCAGAUAAUAAUAUUUUUUUAAUGACUUGUAUACCAAACUACAAAUGUACGAUACACACUCUUACUGUAUUCUGCAACGCGGCAGAAAUCAACCGUAAAAAUAUGAUUCCGGGAAGUUAAAAUAACAUAAAAUGUUGCAAAAAUAUCCAGUUCAACACAAAACAAAAGCAAUUACCGGAAUAAUCUUUUAGCAUGCAAAUGAAGAGGAGAAAAGAGGAAAUAUGCAAUGCAAAAUUAGAACUUAACUUUGAAGCUUACCGGCUAUAUCAUCUUUGUCAUAGAAGUCUGGCUAUGUGCAUUUUAAAUGUCAACAACAGAUUUAUACUACAUGUAUAGACAAAUGGAUUUAUAUUCAAUCAACAGAUUGAUUUAGAUAGCAGCAAUAGUUUUCUGCCUGAUGAGGUGGGUAAAUGCCACUGUUUGUUGAAUAAGACUGUUAGAAACUCAACAAAUUAUCUCAUCUCAAUAGUUGAGUAUGCAAUAUGAAAAAUCCCUCGUCCCCUUCAGUGUAAAUAGUACUUCAACAUCCUUAAGAAUGUGGCAGCAAAGACGUUAGAUGAGUUUAUACUGGAGUGCUUUUGGCAGACUUGAGGUGCAUGAUAUUCUGGUGAUGUUAUACCUUAGCUAGUAUGGUUCAUUCAUACAGAUUCCUCUAUUAAAAGAGUUAGGUUUAAGCAAUACGUAGACAACUUUGCUGACGGAUACUAUAGGAAGGAAAUAAAGACACAAUGCCACAUC